CGAUACACAUCUGCAAUAAACUCUAUCCUCAUAAAUCUCCAUCACUUUCAAUUCCUUUUGAGACGAAUCCUAUAGCAAAAAAUUGUUAAUCAUGGGUCAUUUCUGGACUUUGCUCACUCACCUCAAUUCUUUAGCUGGGCCCUCCAUCAUGCUCUUGUAUCCCUUAUAUGCAUCGGUUCGAGCAAUCGAGAGCCCGUCGAAGCUCGACGAUGAGCAAUGGCUAGCUUAUUGGAUUCUCUACUCCUUCUUGACUCUAAUGGAGAUGGUGGCUGAGCCAAUCCUAUAUUGGAUACCUAUAUGGUACCAACUAAAGGUGGCAUUUGUAGCAUGGUUAGUUCUUCCUCAAUUCCAAGGUGCAUCCUUCAUGUAUGAGAAGUUUGUGAGGGAGCAACUCAAAAAAUACGGAGCCAAAAUGGGUAAAAAUGUUGGUGUUCACUCUCCUCUUAAGGAGAGGCAUGCGACUGAGUGACAUGGAAGCUCAAACUUUUCCUUCUUGUGGCCUCUUUAUCUUUACGUAAAUUAAAAAGGG